UGGGCCUGGGAGACGCCAACCUGUGAAAGCCCCCCCCGGAUCAUAUGACGCGCGGGACAGAGCACCAGGAAACCAGCAGAACCCUUGUUUCACAUGCUCCCCAACGGGAUCAUGCUAUUCCCAUGCCUGGAUUUUGCAGGGUCUGCCCCGACUCAGCGACUCCUCCCCGAGGAAAUACUCGUCGAGGAACCUCUGGACCUGGAACUCUAUCAGGCAAACAGAGCUGACCGGUCCAUUCGCUACCCAUCUCACAGGAUCCCCACCGGUGGGCAUGAUAGGAGACUCGGGGAAUCAUGCAGAGAGCAGGUUCCCGGGGAAAUUGCGGGGAGCGGAGGGCAACAAACACAACGCGAAGCGGGCCAACAGACAUGCAAAGACAGAUUAAACAUACCUUGGGGAAAAGUACAAAUUCGCGGUAUAGAAACUUUGGGUAUCGCCGACCGUCCCGGACAAGUAGAAAUCGCAGAAAGUCGUGAUCGCGUCUGCUUGCGCAUCCGUCUUGGGUCAGUAACUGUCCCUGGACAAGCGCAAGUGGGCAACCAACACCGGUCACUUACCAAUCUAAAAGGGAACAAACCGAAACUUUUUGUACCGUCUAUCCAACAUAAAACACACAGGCAGUCAGCCCGAUCGUAAAACCCGUCCCAGUUGUAGCGGGAAAAUGUAUCCCAGGCGAAGCGACCAGGCUUCGAUCUAAACAAAGAAGAUAUCGUGUAAGAUGGCGCUUUGCGACCAGUCGUAAGGCGAAGGAUUGGAGGCAGGUCGGCUUUUGAGGGGGGUUUCCACCAAACCAACACCGAAUGUGCUUUUUUGCUUUUCU